AAUGUAGUUUUCUGAGGUUGGUGUUUGCUGUAUAAAGUUCCUAACUAAUCCAUUCACUUUUUCUUGUCUUCCCACAGAAAGAGCGCCGAAUUUCUCAUGUCAGAGUCAGGAUGCCGCUUAGACCAUCCUGCCGCAGCAAGAUUUCGUCAGUGUGUGAUGGAUGGAGAGUGGGCAAAGGCUGAAGCAGCUCUGAAUGAACUGAGAACAAUGCUUGAUGAUCCUUCCAGUCUCAAAGAAAUGCGUUUCCUACUCUUGGAACAGAAGUACCUAGAGCUUUUGGAGAGUGGCCAAGCUAUGGAAGCGUUAACAUGUCUCCGCUCACAGCUCACACCCCUCCAACACAACAUGGAGCGUGUUCAUCAGCUUUCAAGCCUCAUGUUCAUGUCAAAUCCUGAAGAACUGCGUGCUGCGGCAAGGUGGACAGGGAUGGGCAAAGAAAGUCGAAAAGGCCUCAUGGAUCGCCUACAGCACUUCUUACCGCCAUCCAUAAUGCUGCCUCCUCACAGACUUGAGACAUUGAUUCUUCAAGCCGUAGAACAGCAGCGUACCCAGUGUGCCUAUCACAACACUCGCAGCGACAGUCAGGUCAGUAGACGAGAUGACCACAGCUCUCACUGCUGCAGUCAGGUGCUUGGAUCUGGUGGUUCCUUACUGAUGGAUCACUCAUGUCCUCGUCAUGCCUUCCCUGGAACCACCGUCCAGAUUCUGUCUGACCACUGUGAUGAAGUUUGGAUUGCUCGCUUCAGUCCAGAUGGAACUAAAUUGGCUACCGGGUCCAAAGACUCCACAGUCAUCAUUUGGGAUGUUGAUCCUGAAACGUUAACUGUCACUCGUCGCUUCACCUUAGAUGGACACUCCUAUGGUGUGGUGUACCUUGCCUGGAGUCCAGACAGUACUAAGCUCAUUGUAUGUUUACAAGAAGAGGCUGCUGAACUUGUGGUAUGGGAUACUGAACGAGGGGAACAGAUAUGUAAAGUGUCAAACUCUCCUGAUGAUUCCCUUACUUGUGCAGCAUGGCACAAGGAUUCCCGAAAGUUUGUGUGUGGAGGCAUGAGGGGACAGUUCUACCAUUGUAACUUGGAGGGACACAUUUUAGACUCCUGGGAAGGAGUCAGAGUUCAGUGUUUAGCCAUACAAAAUGAUGGGAAGACUGUCUUAGCAUCAGACACACAUCACCGCAUCAGGGGUUAUCAUUUUGAUGAGGUGCAGGACCAUAAUAUUAUUCAGGAGGACCACAGCAUAAUGUCAUUUACCCUUGACAAUACCGGCCAGUAUGCCUUGUUAAACGUGGCCAACCAAGGUGUCCAUUUAUGGGACUUACGAAAUAGAACUUUGGUGCGCAAGUUCAGAGGACUCACCCAGGGUCACUAUACCAUCCAUUCUUGCUUCGGUGGGGAUAACCAAGACUUUGUUGCUUCUGGGAGUGAAGAUAACAAAGUAUAUAUCUGGCACCAUCGGCGAGAACUGCCUGUAGUCACCCUUGUCGGCCACACCCGAACUGUCAACUGUGUCACCUGGAAUCCAAGAUACCCUGCGAUGAUUGCAUCAGUGUCAGAUGAUGCCACCGUGAGGAUAUGGGGACCAGCGCCACAGUACAGGGGAUCUGCAGCAGCACAGAAUGGCACAAAAGCCACUGCUAAUGAUACCAAGAGUAGUAGCAAAAGCAAGAGAUGCUGAAGGAGGAGCAGGUGUGGCAGCUGUCAGGGUUAUCAGCAGCUCUUUCUAAUGCAUUUAUUGCCUGUGUGCUUCUCACAGACACAUUUCUUAUCCCCAGGGAGUGAGUCUGAAUCUCCAACUUCCCACAUGUUCCUCAGCAACGGCGCAGCUGUUUAGUGAAGUGAUCUCUUGUGCCACAGACCUAAUAUCUCGUCGCUUGUGGUGUGUUCUUGGUUGCUGGUGCCACUAAGUUUGUGUAGCACCAAUGGUUGUUAGUGCCACAAAGUUAGUACCAGGGCAUUGGUGUCAUGCCACUAUUGCCACAAACACAACUUUACUUAUUAUUUUGUGACACAGAGACUUCCUACAUGAUAUGGCUGAGUGAUGGACAGCUUGUUGGAUCUUGUCAUCCUGUGAAUCAUUCCUCUAUGAGUGUAAUGCUAAACCCACUCCCCAACUGUGGUAUCAGCGUCUGGCUUAGAUUCUUUUGGAACUUAACUUUCGAAGUUGUGCCUCAAAAACAUAAAUAUUUUGGUAAAAAAAUAUGGAUUUUUCCAAGUGGAUAUACUGUUCUAAGUCAGUUUUGAUUUCAGAUACAAUUUCCUCCCCCCAAGAGAAGCUGACUGAUAACAGAAGAACUUUUUAAUGUUUGGAAGGUCAAGCUUUAUUCUAUAAGAUAUAUUAUUUUGAACACAUUUGGUGACAGCAGCUGGAUCUGUAUCAGUUAUCCCUGGAAAACUGUUCACUGUUAAGAUAUGUCUUUUUAAUUUAGAAAAUAACAAGACCAAAGACAAGGAUCAUGAUAAGCAUGCCUUGCUAUUUUCUCCUGGAAAAGGUGGUGGUCACUCUAGAGUAUGAAUCACAGUAGGAUCCAUAAGAUGCCAGAAUGCUCACCUUGAGUUCUUACAUGCUUGGCUGACUCAAUCAUCGAUUCAUCAAAAUCAACUCCAUCAUCCAUUAUUUGUGUACCAGCUCUACAAGACACCAUUGUAAAUACAACAUCCUUCCUCUUUUGGAGUAACCUUGUUCGUCCACAGGGUUGAAUUUUGUGUGAUGAAACCUAUCAGGUGUAGCGAGAUGCUUGGUAGAAAGAAUGGUUUUUCUCCUUGUGUCGUGAAGGAAUUUGUGUCCAAACCUUCACUGAUGAAUCUGAAAUGUGGAGUUCAUGUAGUGUUUUCCUUAUUUGCUACAAUCUAUAUUUUUUGUUUUAAAUAUCUUGUUUUCUUCUACUUUUUAUUUUCAUGUCCAAGAUUUUGAUGUUAAGAGCAAGAGGGAUAAAUCGCUGUUCUGAUGUUGCCAAUACUACUGGUGUUAUACAAAGUCAUCUGGCUAUUCAUCUCAUUUGUGACAUGAUAUAUUCUCUCAAGAUGGAUGGAGUAUAAUAUUUAAGAAGGGUGAACAUUGUCACUUUGAUGGAAUGUAGAAUAUGAUGCUCAUUGAGGAUUAAAAACUUUCUUAUAUGUGUCCAUGUUGAUGAUAAUACUACAUGACAAGAUUUUUUUUUUUUUUUAUCAUCUUAUUUUUAUUAUUAUGUUUUAUGUUUGUUGUCAUGUAAUUCUUCAACCAUUUUGUAAGUAUUAUUUAAUCUUUUGAGAAAGGCAGUGGUUUUUGAUACAGUCCCAUAUUUCAUUACUGAUUUGCAAUUCAUAGGACAAAGAAUACAUAACAUUUAAAAAACCCAGACUCAUUGGAAUAUCUAGCUUGCCCAUCCCAGUCUCUCUCUGGUUUUGUAUAUUCUUCCAUUAUCCACGGAUACAUAAUAGAAACAACCUCUAACCUAAAUCUCACAUAAUCAUAUCUUAGAUAGACCUUAUCUAAUUUACCUCAUCUCGGUAGAAUGUCACCCAGUUUUAAUGUAUACUUUUGUUUUUAUUGUACCUUGCCUCAGCUAGGCAGAAUGAAGUUACACAAAGCAAUUUCAAACAUAGUCCUUAAAUAAAACUUAACCUUUUCAAGCUUGAAAUCCUUUCAGUCCCAGCCAUCAGACCUGAAUUUAACUAGAACUUAAACCAUGUGUCCUGUGGAUAGCAAACUAGCAUUGGAACGUGGCUUUGAACCAUGAACUACUCUGUUUAGCUCAUUGGCACUGGAUGCUUACACUGUCCACUGUAGUCUUAUUUUAUCAGUUGUGUUUACACAUAGAUGGCUACAACAUUGUUUAGUUACCAAGAUGUCAGUUAUUAGGCCUAGACUUUAGCUGUAUACCUCUUUUCUUGAAUUUUUCUUAAAAAGUUUAUUUCUAAUUCUAUUGUUAUAAACAUUUUGAUAAUAGUAAUAAUGAUGAUAAGGGUGAUAAUAAAGAUAUUGAUAAUAAUAAUAACAGUAAUAAUAACAAUGUUAUUAACAGUAAUUAUUAUGAAAAUUCAAUGAAUAGGGUAAAUACAUGAGAUCUUCUUCACCUAGUAGUUGACUCCUUGUUGACUAAAUACUUCAGAAGCCAUCUGUGUCUAAACAAAAUUAAUGAGAUUAAAUCACAGUGGCUGGUAUAUGUAUACUUGCACUUCUGGAGUCAGUGGGUUGAAUGACAGAGAGAGAGAGAGAAAAAAAAAACUUUUUACAUGAAUUAAUAUGACAAUCAAGUCAUCAUGAUAUUUACUGACAGGGAAGUUAGAUGUCUUGCCAAUCACAUACUAUGUCAUAGGAAUUUAAUAGAAAAAAAAGGAGAGAGACUUGUUAUCAGUAGCAACUUUAGUAAGGAAAAUGUUGAUAUUUGGGUUCUCCCCAAGUCAGCAGUCAUGGUACAUAAGUCUGUCUUCUCUUUUACCCCUUUCUUACUGGGGCCAUUGAAAUAAACCAAGUGUACUAUGAUUAGUGCGAGUGCUUGACUAACAAAUGCAAGAUGCAUAUUAUUGUCCUGUGUGAAAGAUUGCAAGAUAACUUCUGACAGUUUGUGUUGUUGAUUUUUUUUUUUUUUUUUUUUUUUCUUCAUAAAUCUACUUUCGUAUUUUUAGUUUUGCUACUUCAUGUAUACCCAAAUCAAAUGAUUAUUUAUAAAGAUAAUUAAAAGUUAUAGGGAUGGCAGAACAAGAUAAACAAGGUAAUGGAAGUGUCUUACCCUAAUUUAAUGUUCAAGAAAAUAUAGGACAAUUUUUAUCACAUCAUUCUUAUUUCUAUCAUUUUGUUAUAAAAGGCAGUUCUUCAAGGAAUAUGUGGUGAAAAAUAUGUGCAUAACAAAUUAUUUAAAAAAAAAAGAGAGAAAAGUACAACUUGUGUCGAGUCUACCAUGAAUGAACUUUUCAUUGACUCAUGAUCGAUAUGAAAUAUUUAUUUCACUGCUAUUGCGAUAACAUUUUCUUUAGAAUCAGUCUUCUCAGGUGUACUGGAAAUGUCAAUAAAGUCUAAGGAACACUCAUAGUUCAUAUUGUCCUAGCAAGAAAGAGAGAGAGAGAGAGAGAGAGAGUGAGAGUGUUAUUAUUUUAAUAAUAUGAGUUUGAAAAUUUAUCUUAGUGUCAAUAGUAGUUGUGAUGGUUAUGAUUUCUAAGCUACAAUAGUUUAAUAGCAACAGUUAUAGUAUAGUGCUUUUCUGUUUAUAAUUUUAUUAGUUUCCUUUUUAAAGAUUUCAGUGAUUGUUCUAGCAAGUUUUUGAGAGCAUACCAUUUCAAACAUGGAUAGGUUAUAGGGAGCCCUAAAUAUAAUUACCUUGCCUUUUAUAUUUUAUUUUUGUCAUUGUUUUUCUCCUGUACUAAAUACUUUGUGCUUCAUUUCUGAGAGUUUCCAUGGGGCAUUAAUUUUUUUAUUUUUUUAUUCGUAAGUUACAUAUCAGAUGAAUUAUGGUUCAAGGUGACUUUUGAUUACAAGAACAAUUGACAUGUUGACACCACUAAAGAAGUAAGCUUGUGGAGGCUUCACUCACCUGCUGGCCUGUGUUUUUUAGGCUGAUAUUGGGAAGAUGGAUUUGUUUUGACUAUGAGUAAAUGGAGAAAAAGGAAAGAUUUAUAAAUUUAUCAUAAAGAUUUCUUAUUUAUUUAGGAAAUUUAUGUUAGACAUUUUGUCUUCCGUCUUCCCAGCCUUUUUUUUUUUUUAUAUGUUCUUAUAGAAAAAAAUAUUGAAGACCAUAUUUCUAAAGAAAUGAGCAAGAUGGUCCUGAUACUGUAAUGUUUUAUGAAAUGUAUAAUUUUAGGUUUGAACAGACGAGAAACUGUUCAUGUGAUUUUUUUUCUCUCUCUCACUUUUCUUUUCAAGGUUAUAUACCUCGUAAUCUCAUUCUAUGUCAGGUCUAGAUAUUUCGUACUAUUUUUAUUUUUAUUCUAUUUAUUUUCAUUUCAUAUUUUUUAGUACCCAACUGAAAGGAAGGAAUAUGAAUGCAAAUGCUUGUUAAGUAAAUUGGCAUCAGGUCGUCUGAUUCACCAGUCUUUGUAGGUAACAGAUGACUGAAUGUGAAAUCACUUGGUGUUCUUCAUCUACUUUCAUUGAUGCAUGAAAUUGUACUGUAAUUUAUUCCUGUCUGUGUGGUAUUAUGGAAAAAAAAUUGUAUUGCAAAAAAAAAAAAUGAAAAUAAAAAAAAGAUAUUGAAGGACUUAUUUGUAUGGUGUGUUUGAAUGAAUUGCUCAUAUGUUAAAUACCAUUCUAAUGAUAAGGAAGAUAGCAGAGUUAACUGUAGUAGGACUUGAUUCACUGAAUUCUGUGCUUUCUUUUAUAAUAGACUUUUUCAUUGGUGUGAAAGCUAGAAAUAUGGAACUGAUGAUCGUGAAGCACACUUGGAAAAGAAGUAAACUCUGUGACAAUGGCAUUGACAGAAAAAAAUUCUGUCUUAUUUGCCAGUUUUGGUUUUCAAACAGGAAAAUGUGUUCAUUGGAUCUGUAAGCAUAUAAAUCCUAUUGACUCUGUAGCAAGGCAACACAGAUGUAUCAUUGAGUGCAUGGUUACAUCACUAGCAAGGCUGGUGGCAGGCCCCACCGUGUUUGUUGUUUUUAUUAGUUAAUUUAGCUCUUUUUCAAGACUCAAAAAAUAGCAUUAGAUUGUUUUAAGCAAUAUGUAUUAAUUUCUGUCAUCAAAUGAAUUGUUAUUCUGUUAGUCCAGAUGUUGAUGUGAAUUGUACGAUUUAAUGCAGAUGAAUUUAUUAAAAGAAUAUAUACAUAAAUAUACACACACAAAACCUCCCUCCCCUCAGGAAGAAAACAAAAAUAUCUUGACAUUGUAAAUUUAGUAUUUUCAAUAUGUAUUGAAUAGAUAAAAUCCACACACUAUAUGAAUAUAAGGUAUAUUGUGGCUUUUAGAUCUGCCACUUCAUUUAGAUAAACUUUACUUGACCUUUACAAUAUUCAUAGAUUUUUUCCAUGCCAUCCUCUGUUUAAACAUUGGAAUAUAAAAUGGGUCUUUAUUUUCAAAGUGAGCUUCAUGUGGCAUGUAAUUGUAAAUAGGGUAUAUUUGUUUAGGUACUAAGAAAAAGAAAGACAAAAACAAACAAAAAAUGAAGUGUCAGAGAUUGAAAUAAGUACUUAAAUGAAGACUAAUGAUAGGGAGUUACAUCAUUAAGAUUUUUUCCUUCAUGUUUGUGCUGUGUUUUUUUUUUUUUUUUUUUUUUUUUUUCUUUUUUUUUACACAUGGGCCAUUUUACUUUACAUCUUUGUGUUUUCUGUGCUACUCUAUAUUGAGCAUCAGAGGUGUUUUUGCCUAUUGGUAUUCAUAGGAAAUGUUCUGUGUUAUUGUAAUCAUUUUUUUUAAGAAAUGAUAAAUGAUCAGCCCAGUGUAUGUAAAUUUAGGUUUAAGUAUGAUUCAAGAUGACAGUUGUGUAUUUAUUUAUUAUUUUUAUGUAAUUUUAGCUGAAGAAGAAUUGCAUUUCUUCUACUUAACACAUUCUGAAGAAUUUAAGAAAAAUCAAAGGAUCAAGUAGAAAUAAGACAGGAUUUCUCAUACCUGUUCGGAGCAGAAAAUGUUUCUGUAUAAAUAGGCUACAAUCCUUUUUUCUCUCUCUUUUUUUUUCAUAAGAAGAAGACCGGUGGCUUUUUGGAAGUUCUCUUGAAGCGAUAACUGAAACUGAGGCAAUAGAUUCUUUUCAUGUACUUGCAGAUUUGCAGACAUAUGGUAUGAUUGUUCUUGUAUUUCAUUUUUGUAAUAAGAAUUUUUAAAAAUAAGGAAAAAAAAAAACACUGAUGGCAAGUUUUAAGAAAUAAAAGUUUGGCAUUCUGCUUCUUGGAUCCCCCUUCAAAGAGAUGGCAAGAGAGUCACCUUGGGAUUCCAGUGCUGCAAUGACCUACUACCUAGAUUAUCAUCGUUUUUGACUGCAGGGUUCAGUCAUUUGUGUGCAAUUAUUUUCUAUUAUCUUUUAAACGUAAAUGUACGAGAUGUUUGUUACAGCUACAGUUGCAUGGGACAGAAGAGAAUAAUAGUUUAAUGAUGAUAAGGUUUGUCUCCUGUAUGUGGAUCAAUAGGGUUCGCAUAACUGAGCUUUGGAUUGCCAUAUUUUGUUGUAGCAGUACAAAGAAACGUUUAAAGCAGUACACUUUAUUUGAGCUAUUCUCGUAUAUAAAUAUAUAUACAGUAUAUAUAUAUAUAUAUAUUUUCAGGAACUGAGAUACACUUGAUUUGUGUAACUUUAGCUCAAGUAUGAUCUGUUAACAUGCCAUAACUCCAUAUAUUUGUACAUGAUAGACCACCAUGUGCAUUUUUCCCUUUAGUUUUCAUAUGAUUAAGAUUUUAGGUACUAUACCUCCAAUGCUGCCAAAUGGCCAAUGAUCACAUUUUUACUUCAUUGCACCUUAUAUAGAUAUGAUUUCUAAAAUACCAAGGACCAUAGUCAGCCUUACCGAAGAAACAGAAAAAAAAGAAAUUUUAUAUCCAUUUAUUUUCUUUCAGUAAUUUAGUUUCUCCGCACCAAUAAAAACAAAACAAAACAAAAAAAUCAUACAUACAAAGUGAAAUUCAGUAGCUGCGAGGUUAGUUGUAGAAAACCAAUAUGUUUCUUAUUCUUUCAUUCUUUCUAUUUAUUCCAUUUCAUUUCAUCUUUGCUCUACAAUAAUAAAAAAAAAAAAUCCUACCCUGCUUUAGGUUAUGCCUUACCCUAGAUUUAAAUCAACAUGAAUGUUGUUAUUGGUUCACUGAAAUCCAUUGACAAAUUUUUACAGAUCAUUUUUUUCUCUUUUUUCUUUAAAAUUUUUUUUUUUUUCUUUUCUUUUCUUUUUCUUCCCUUUGUCCAUUUAGGAAAUACAUUUUUCAGGACACUAAUGUGUUUAACCUCAAGUGCAGUAAGAGCAACGAAUUCUUCCCAUUAUAAAUGAUUGUAAAUAUGUCCAUGAUGAAUAGUGUUACAGGAGGCAUGACUAUGAAUAUGUUGAUAUAUAAUAGGUUAACCUUUUUUGGUGUUCCUAACUAAAUGAUUAUAUGCCUUAUUACAAAAAAAAAGAGAAAAAAAAUCUUGUAUAUUGUCUUGUCAUUACCGGGUCACUUCCAUACAUCAUGAUACGGCAGUUAUGUUUCUUUUUUUUUUUUUAUCCUUUUUUUUUUUUUUUUUCUUUCUUUUUCUUUUUUUUUUUUCUUUUUCCCUCCAUUGAAUAGAAGAGUGAUUGAUAAUGUCACAACAAUUGGUCCCGGCCAUUAUUUGUCUUCAUUUUCUACAAUCUUUCUUAGUGUCUCUAGUCUAUCCUCUCUCUUUCCUUUUAUCUCUCUAUCUCUCUCUCUCUCUCUUAAAGCUCUGUCUCUCUGUUCUGUAUUGAGUUGUUGAAGUGCAAUGUGGAUCAUUAGUUGAGAUCGUUUCAUUCUUCUGUGUGUGUAUGUCACUUCCAGAACAUCAAUAUUUUGCUGUUACAGGUUACCUGGCACAAGACUAAAGCUUUUUAGAAAAUGUUUGCCUUAUAUAGUGAAUAUGAUGUGUCUCAUUUUUUUAUAUGGAAUGUAAUGUUAGUGAAGAAAUUCAAAUCUGUCUUGAAUAUAAGAAGGUAAUUUUCUCACACCAUUGUAAUGGUUGGUAGUUUUGUAUGAAAAUACAGUUAUGAUAUAUUAAA